UCAGCUACAUUUGAUAUGAGACUGAGCUUGAUGAUACCGAGUAUAAAUAUCGACAUUCACUGUGGUUUCAGACAUUGCAGUUUCAGUAUUUGCAUCAUGAAGUUCUACGCUCUUUUUGCUUUUGUCCUGGCCUUAGUGGCCAUGGCUAUGGCCAUGCCAGAACCUCUGCCCGGUGGUGGCGGCGGCGGCGGUGGCGGUGGUGGUCUCACCUUUGAAGAACUCGGUGGAGGCGGCGGCGGCGGUGGAGGCGGUGGUCUCAACCUUGAACUCGGCGGAGGCGGUGGUGGUGGCGGCGGCGGUGGCAAGUAAAUCGCACAG